AUGGCGUUCAAAAGCUUGUGUUUAGUUCUGUGUUUGGCGUUGUACGCGAUGGAAGCACAUGGUGUCAGAAACUAUAUAGCAUAUCGGCGAGCAAUAAACUUCUUCCAAUCGGACCAAGCUUGUCGUCAAAUGGGAGGCAAGUUGGCUGUUAUCGAGUCGGAAGCAGAACAUAACCGAGCAGUUGAUGCUGUAAAAGCCGUAGCCGGAACCACUACCAAUUAUUAUUGGAUCGGUGCCAUGGAUUUCGGCUAUGAAGGACACUUCUUAUGGUUCCCCAUAAAUAAAUAUGCUGUUUAUAAAAAUUUUGCUACUGGAGAACCUAGUAACAAUGGCGGCGCGGAAAAUUGUGUGAUCAUACAAGUUAGUAAGAGCUAUAUGUGGAACGAUGUGACUUGCGAUUUUGGAGUGGACGGUUACGUUUGCUCGUUUGAUCGCUAA